UCGACCAAGAGCCCAGUGACCUUAACACGUCAAACUUGUGGCCAUGUGUUUUUAGAUAAUUUAAUUAUUUGUAAGAAAAACUUCAAGGGAAAAGCUUUCACGCUUCUUAAGGAACUAGAAGAUGACACGUUUAAUGUUCAGCGAUGCUUUCUGGAGGUCCGAUUUUACCUCCCAUGCUGGCUAUGAAGCCCUGGUGCAACGCUUGCGAGAUGGAAGACAAAUGUGCAAAGAUGUGGAAGAGCUGCUGAGAAUGAGGGCGGCAGCAGAGGAAAAGUACGGGAGGGAACUGGUGACCAUAGCCCACAAAGCUGGAGGACACGCUGAGAUCAGCACUCUGAAAAACUCCUUCGAGCAGCUAAAAACACAGAUGGAGAACAUGGGAAACUUUCACAUCCAACUGUCAGAAGCAUUGAAAGAGGAGGUGAAAAAGGUGGAGGUGUUCAGGGAACGGCAGAAAGAGCAGAGGAAGAAGUUUGAAAGCAUCAUGGAGAAAGUGCAGAAGAGAAAGGUGUCUUUGUUCAGGAAAACCACGGAGUCAAAGAAAAACUAUGAGGUGAGAUGCAAGGAGGCGGACGAGGCCGAACAAACGUCAGAGAAGACCGUCGUUGCAGUCAAAAACGGGGAAAAGGCACGCCACAGGGCCAAGCAAUGCAGACAGGCAGCGUGUGAAGCAGAGAAGUCGUACUUGACCAACAUUGAUCAGCUGGAAAGUGUUCGCCAGGAUUGGGAGGAAACGCACAGAAGCACGUGUGAGGUGUUUCAGCAAAUGGAGACCGAUCGCAUCGGCGUGCUCAGGUGCACCUUGUGGGACCAUUGCAAUCACAUCUCCAUGCAGUGCGUCAAAGACGACGAGUUCUUCGAGGAGGUAAGGAAGCACCUGGAGCACUGCGACAUCAACACAGACAACAACUGUUUCAUUGAGAUGAAAACGACAGGGUGGCACCCACCAGAGCCCAUCGUAUUUGAAAGCUAUUACGAGAGGGACACCACGUCCGGGGACAGAAAUGGCGUCGCCCGCUUCACCGGGGGCAGGGAAGACAUCAUGAGGAGGACCUCGGAUCCUCUACUGGGAGCUUCUGUGGAGAUUGCAGUCGGUCACCCCUCAAUAGUGUCCUCUAGUGGGGAAGAUGGGUCAUAUGCAUCUUUGCUGGGCCUCCAGCAGCCAGCAGUGGACGAGGAUGCCUACGUCGCGCUUUACAACUACACUGCACAGGUGGAAGACGAGCUGACGGUCAAAAGAGGUGACGUGGUUCAGGUCCUGGAGCGCAGCGAGGACGGCUGGUGGACCGUGGCGAGAAACGGGCAGGAGGGACUCGUGCCUGGGAACUAUUUGGGCAAACUCUGAAUAGAUUCACUGUAGGAAAAUGGUCAGAUGAAACUAAAACAUAAGUGAGUUACUGUCCGAAACGGGCAAGUCAACAUACAGUAUAAGGGCUCUAUUUUCAUGGACUGCGCAAGUCUGUGCGGCCUUUUCGAUUGUCGUGCAAGACUCGCUGCUCGAGUUCGCCAGUUUGGCAGGCCGGUAUGUGCCAGGCUGAGCGAAGGGCUGCCCUAGGACAUGCGCCUGGCGGAGUGACAAUUUGGUGUCAGAAAGUCCUUUUCAUACCACGUCUAAAUUUUGACGCACCUAGUAAAACGCAAUUUUGGUGAUUUGGAUUGGGGCACAAGGAGAAAGAUUCUGAGGUUCGCGGACAUGUAUGGUGGAAGCCAAAUGUAUUGCAUACAGAAAUAUGUGAAGCGACCAGCAAACCCUAUGAAUUAUUAUUUUUAUUCUUUAAAUCCUCCCACUGGCCAAGGAGGGGCACAUGAAGGAUUCUGCAUGGAGUGGAGAGAGAUGGUGUGGAAAAGUCUUUGCAUCCUUCCUGAUUUCUUUUGGGGGUUUUUUUUGCAUGUAUUUUUUCUCCCUUAAUGAUAAAAACCUUCAUUGAAAAACUUCAUUGUGUGUUUACUUGUCUUCGACUAAUAUUUAAAUUUGUUUGAAAAUGGGAAACAUUAGCGUGACGAAGAUGCAACAAAAUAAAAAAUCAGGAAGGGGGCAAACACUUUUUUCACACCGCUGUAUUUAAGUCGCCUGCGGUUAUCACCAGCUCAUACUGGAUUUAAUCAUGGUGUCUUUUGCCACACCGGCCAGGAGCCGUGAUAAUGUUCCAGUCAUGCAUGGAUCGCUCUUAGGCACAUCGACAUCUCCAUACGAGACCGCCAUUACGCCGCAUUUAAAGAGAAUGAGAGGAGCCGCCUUUGAUUGGCAAGGGCUUUUUAGAUAUGCCGGCUGUGAACGUCGGAGAAAUAACAAAACCCAGUCUAACCCGCCUCAGCACAGACUUACGCCGCCAGUCGUUUUGGAUUUACGCUGGUCAUGAAGACAGAGCACUUACUGCUAAUUACCAUAUUGAACCUUUUUAUUAACUUUGUAUUCACCUGUUUAAAUCCUUGCUAAAUGACGUUAAAGCACAAAUCUAAAAUAAUUGUAUCUUGAACUAAAACAAUUUUGAUGCAACACUGGUUUAUAAAGGGUCAGAGAUCGCCUUUGUGACAGCAUCCCCUACUUUGGUGGUCAGUGUUGCUAGUCACCUUGAAAAAGUAAUUUAGUCUCUUUACUGAUUACUUGAUUUUAAAAGCAACUAAGUGAGAUUACAAGUUACUUCAUUCGUUACAUUCAGCAGAUGCCAACAAAACCACCUCAACUUAAAAAUGACAACAGGCUUUGCGAGUACUUUAUUGGAAGUGCAUUUUUAACUGGUUAAGAAUGAAGCUUUCAUUAAAAAUAAAGACAGCCUUUUUUUUGACUUAAAGACUUUUUUUUUUUUUUUUUUUUAUAAAUGUCAGACUUUCUGGAUUUCACUCAACAUAAAGGCAUUUUUUUGUGUUGUGUGUAUUGACCUCCCUCAUGGUUAUGAACGUCUGCAAAUGCCUUAUCUGUAGUAAAGCCCUUUAGCAAA